UGCCCUGGCACUGUUGUUUAAUCCAGCUAGUGCACCACAGGGCAGACAUAGGAAGAUAUAGCGAGGCUUCAAGUAGACUACAGGAGAUAUACUCUAGUGACAAGGAGUCAGACAUGUUGGUCCUGUGUGUCAUCUCUGUCCUCAGCCUUCUCUCAGUGGGACUGGCAGCUCCUCUGUCCUGUGCGGAUCUACUGAGACCCCUAAAGAUGAACAGCACGAACCAUAUUUUGGGUAAGUGGAUUUUUAUCGCGGAGAGCACUGAGGUCCCUGGUGGCAGGGAGUAUGCUGCAAAAGAAUGGAUCACAGGCUGGCUUCAGAUCUCUCCUGGGCUCCAGAACAACACUGUCAAAGAAUUACAGAUGAUAAACAUUGGAGGCAAAUGCAUUAGCAUGACCAGUGAAAUGACCAUGGAAAACAACAUGGAGAACAACACAUUUACCUCAACGGGACCUUUGCCCUAUUCCCAGACCUACCUGAAUACCUGCCCUGACUGCCUCCUGGUCCAACAGAAGUUGUCAUUGGUUAGCAAAUACAGCACUCUGUAUAUCUUCAGUAAGAGAAAGGAGCUGACCUCUGCUGAACUGGAAGUGUUUAAGAAACAGGUGGACUGUCUCAAUUUGCCACCAGCAGUGUUCACAAAGCCACAGAAAGAUUCCUGUCCAGAUCCGACACAGGACAACAGCAAAACUCUGGACCUGUCGAAAGUGAUCGAAUUGCUGAGUGACAAGAUUGAUCUUAAGAAGACUUUAGAAGAGAUGAUAAGUAAAUUACAACUAGGGAGUAAUAAAGCCGAUUAAUUGUCAAAAUGUCAA